UCUGAGGAUGAGGACCCCGCCAUCAGCAAACACUACUUAGUGGGAAAGUACGGCACCAAUCUUGGAGAGAUUUGGGCGGCUCUAGCUACUGUUACUGCCUACAAGCAUAAGGCAGCUGAACCUACCAGUACCAACACGACAAGCUUGAGCAACCAGGGCUCCCCCCCGCCCCCUCGCAAGAGACCCAGACGGGACGCGCCACCAGUCAAUUACAACGUCCACGACUCUGAUGAGUCUGCCUCAAGCAACGGUCACGAAAGCAACCAAGGGGCCGAAUAUAUGGAACAAGUAGCGACCAAAGACCUCCCGCCUGAUGAAGAUAGCGUUGUGCUUCUCAUCACGCGCGUUUUAAACCUCCUCAGGUACUGUACCCAGCCGUUCGGGUCCCAGCCAGUUGUCGACUUCCGCACUGAACGCCAAACAAUGAGACUUGCGAUUCCCGGUGUUGACGGACCCAUUGUGGCCAUUGACGAUGGCGGUCUGACUCCGGCUCAAGCCGCGAAGGUAGCCAAGCCAGCGAGUUUAUGGAACAAGUGA